AUAUAGACGUGAAGAGAGGUAAUGACCAUUAUUGACCAUUUCUUUCUUAUUUUCCUAAUUUUGUUUUGUUUAAGACAAAUGUAACGUCUUAUUUUUUAUGUUCCUUGUUUUCCUCCCCUCCACUUCUCCCCUUUCCAGCCACUGCUCUCUCUUUUCCUCAACAUUCACCAAAAUUCUUGAUUUUUUUUUUCUUUCGUUUCCAAUCUUCCCAAGAAACACACACACACGCACACACACAUUAAUUUCUUGUCUGUUUCCAUAUCCUAGAUUUCAAAAAUCUGUCCAGUUUGUUACACAUGCAAUGUGCAACGAUGAAUCGAAGGACACUAACCAUGAAUUGGGAUGGUCUCGGAGAAGACGAUGACGAUGACCGUUUCUUCGAAUCCCGCGAGAGAAUAUCCUCAGUGGUCCCACUCGAUUUGGCUUCUUCUGGAUCGGACGAGGAUGAGGAUUUCGAGGAUAGUCGGAUGUCUUUCGUUUCGGCUAUCUCUUCAGCCACGAUCAAAAGCAUCCGGUCCGUGGAUUCAAGUGCAAAAUCUUCUUCAAUAAUGGGUGGCUAUGAUAUGUGGAUGUCUGAGCCAGGUGAUAUUCGUGAGAGGCGAAAACGCCUCUUUCAAGACAUGGGCCUUUCCAGCACAAAGGAUAUGCUCAGACUUGCUAGCUCCAAGAUUGUCGGAGCAGUUUCGAGAAAACACCAUGAUAAUAAUAAUGGCCAAGUUUCCAUAAAGCCCGAUUCUUCUACCACAGUAAAGCUCGAUUUUUCGUCUCCUUCUCCUUCUAGUACAGCAAAUGUCGGUACUUCUUCUCCAGAAAAGGAAUCAAGAAAAGAGGAGCCUUCUUCUUCUUCACCGUUGGAUUCACAUCCGACGGCAGUUGUGCUUGUACGGUCGAGAUCGGAUAGUGACAUAGAUGCCUUUUCUGCAAGAACAAAGCAAAGGAAAGAAGAAUUAAUCGGGCCUGUAUCGAAACAAAGACUCACUAGAACAUCUUCAGGCCUAGCUAUACCUACCACUGGUGUGUGUCAAUACUCUAACGCUGUUAGAAUAUCCCCAGACAGAGCGAAAAGCAGAUUAUUGAAUCCAAACAAUGAUGUGCUACAGUCUGUGGUGCCGGACGGUGCGUUUGGUUCGUUCUUCCUGAUAAAGAAUUUGGACACUGGAAAGGAGUUUAUUGUUAAAGAGUAUAACGAACAGGGCAUGUGGAAUAAGCUCAGUGAUGUUCAGACAGGGAAGCAACUUACAAUGGAGGAAUUCGAGAAGUCGGUUGGAUAUUCACCGGUUGUCAAGGAAUUGAUGCGCAGGCAGAAUGUGGGAGGAAAUAGUCAUGACGAUGGGAGGAAAAUCAACAACAACUCGUAUUUUUCAAAGAGUUUCAGAAAUAGCAAGAGAAAGGGAGCUGCAAUUUUGAAGAAUAUCAAAGGCGUGGCAACUUCGAUGAGCGGAUUAAACAAAGAACAAGAGCAUUCUUUUCCAGAAGAACAGACAGCUCCUCCUCCUCCUCCUAAGGCUACAUCGGAAUGGGUAAAAGCUCGUCAGCAUGGGAAAUCAUACAAAGAAUUUACGGCACUGCAUAUGUCUCAAGAAAUACUAGCGCACGAGGGUUCUAUAUGGGCUAUUAGAUUCAGCUGUGACGCACGUUUUCUAGCAAGUGCAGGUGAAGAUAAAGUGAUUCAUGUGUGGGAAGUGCAGGAAUGUGACGUGCUGUCGGCAAGAUCAGGCGAUGAUUUGAGUUCGGCCGGUGGCACACCUGUUCAUCCGAUGGCUGGGAUUGCUUCAGACCGUCCUCCACUUGCGGAAAUAAUACCUAUGCCAUCUGAAAGGAAGAAAAAGGGUAAAAAUAACAAAAAGAAAGGCAACUCAAUCCCGGACUAUGUAAAUGUGCCAGAUACUGUUUUUGCUCUUUCAGAGAAACCAGUAUUCACUUUCAAAGGUCAUCAAGAUCAUGUCCUGGAUCUCUCGUGGUCGACAUCACAGGUCAGCUUCUUGCAAAUUUAUUACUCAGUCAUCAAUCGCUUAAAAGUGUUCAAUCCAGUAGAUGACAACUACUUUAUGAGCGGCUCACUAGAUGGAAAGGUUCGAAUUUGGAAUAUACCUGCUCGUAAGGUUGUUGACUGGACAGAUCUUCAUGAAAUGGUUACUGCUGCUAGCUACACUCCCGAUGGUCAGGGUGCUAUUAUUGGUUCUCAUCAAGGGAUCUGUCGAACUUAUAGCAUUGAUGAUUGCAAACUGGAACACCUCAGUGAUAUCCAGUUGAAGACGAAGUCUCAAGCCAAAAAACUCCCUGGUUUUCAAUCUCAAACUCAACCCAAAAAAGUCACUGGUUUUCAGUAUGCUCCUUGGAAUCCAUCUGAAGUGCUCAUCACUUCCACUGAUUCUCGAAUUCGGAUACAUAAUGGACCAGAGCUCGUCCAAAAAUAUAGAGGAUUUCGAAACACGGGCAGCCAGAUUGCAGCUUCAUUCAGUCCAGACGGAAGACACGUCAUAAGCGCCAGCGAGGACUCUCAGGUCUAUAUAUGGAAAGUCGAAGAGUCCAAAAGUCCGAGCGGUGGAAAGAGAAAAAGCAGAAUCACCGUACAAGCACACGAGCACUUCCACUGUAGGGAUGUAUCGGUAGCAAUCCCAUGGCCAGGUAGCAUAAAAAACGAGCCACCGGUAGUAGAAAUACAUUCCAAAAGACACUCAAAACGGUCAACCGCUCCACUACCACCAAAUUCCAGCAGCAACUCUCCGACCCGUGAGGAAAACUUGGUGGGGACCAGUAGCAGGAGGCAAUUGCCCCCUCUGCCCAAGAAGAACAACCGUUUGGAGAGGGUAUCGAGCGGUGCUGAUGAGGAAUUCGCUCAAUCCGCUCCCAUAGAUCCUGGAAUAGGCGUGAGGGACUCUUUCGAUUCAUCGUCUGCAUCGAUUAGUUAUGGUGAGUCGCCUUCCAUUUCUGCUUCCGCCACUUCCCCAUCGCAGUCUUGGUCAACUUCUUGGUCUUUGUUUGAUGGGGGGCAAGGGGGUCACACUGUUCAAGCAACGGCAUGGGGGCUAGUCAUUGUGACGGCGAGCUUGGAAGGUGAGAUUAGGGUUUAUCAGAAUUUUGGGCUGCCUCUUAAAGUCAGUCGUCAGGCGGCUAAUCUCUUCAGAGAUUAAGCUUCUUAUUGCUUGCACUAAUUUUUGUAUGAACAAUGUACCUAUGUAGUUCCCCCCUUUUUUUUCCUCUUGUGAAUCUAUUCAACCUAAAGCUAAAAGCAUGGUUUCCAUUUCCUCUUGCUCAGUUUUUGAAUUAACAAUCUUCAAACAUGCAAUUAGUCACAACAAAUCACACACGCGCACACAGAAAAUCGCAUGGAGCACUCAUAGAAACAAACGAAUAAGCAGAUUGAUUUGGUUUUUUCACGGUGU